AUGUCGAGCAACUCCACCACCACCCCCCAGGUCAAAUCCCAGGCGGGAAUCCUGGAGGGCAGCAAUCCGACGGUGUACGACUCGUCGAACCCGAUCAUCCUGUUCAUCAUCCAAGCGAGCAUCAUCAUCGUGCUGUGCCGGUUGCUGCACUGGCCGCUGUCGAAGAUCCGGCAGCCGCGCGUCAUCGCCGAGGUGAUCGCGGGCGUGGUGCUGGGCCCGUCGGUGAUGGGACGCAUCCCCGGCUUCACCGACGCCAUCUUUCCCAAGGCCUCGAUCCCGGGGCUGAACCUGGUCGCCAACCUCGGUCUGAUUCUGUUCCUGUUUCUCGUCGGCCUGGAGACCAACCUUCGCUUCCUGAUCAGCAACUGGCGCGUGGCGAUCAGCGUCUCGGCCGCGGGGAUGGUCCUCCCCUUCGGGCUGGGCUGCGCCGUCGCCUACGGGCUGUAUAACGCCUUCCGCGACGAACCCGACACGGUGGACAUCAACUUCGGCACGUACUUGCUGUUCAUCGGCAUCGCGAUGGCCAUCACCGCCUUCCCCGUGCUGUGCCGCAUCCUCACCGAGCUGAAGCUGCUCGGCACCAACGUGGGCGUGAUCGUGCUCUCGGCGGGGGUGGGCAACGACGUCGUGGGCUGGAUCCUGCUGGCGCUGUGCGUGGCGUUGGUGAACGCGGGCUCCGGACUCACCGCGCUCUGGGUGCUGCUGGUCUGCGUCGGCUACGUGCUGUUCCUGGUCUUCAUCUUCCGGCCCCUGUUCCUGCGCUUCCUCGCCCACACCGGCAGUCUGCAGAAGGGGCCCAGUCAGUCCGUCGUGGCCAUCACCCUGCUGAUCGCCCUGGCCUCCGCCUUCUUCACCCAGGUGAUCGGCGUCCACGCCAUCUUCGGCGGGUUCCUGAUCGGCCUGCUGUGUCCGCACGAGGGCGGGUUCGCCAUCAAGCUGACCGAGAAGAUCGAGGAUCUGGUCGCGGCGCUGUUCCUGCCGCUGUACUUCACGCUCAGCGGGCUGCAGACCAAUUUGGGACUGUUGGACAACGGCACCGUCUGGGGGUACGUGAUCGCCAUCAUCGCGAUCGCCUUCAUCGCCAAGGUCACCGGCGGGGCGCUGGCGUCCCGGUUGAACGGACUGCUCUGGCGGGAGAGUUUCUCGAUCGGCGUGCUGAUGAGUUGCAAGGGGUUGGUGGAGUUGAUUGUUUUGAACAUCGGCCUCCAAGCCAAGAUCCUCAGCACGCGCACCUUCACGAUGUUUGUCGUCAUGGCCCUCGUCACCACCUUCGCGACCACCCCCUUAACCGUUGCCCUGUACCCGAAAUGGUACCAGAUCAAGGUGGACCGGUGGCGGCGCGGCGAGAUCGACUGGGCGACGGGCAAACCGUUGCCGCCGGACAGCCGCAUGGACAGCAUCACGGCGGCCAAGUCGGCGCAGCACGGCGACCACCACGAAACGCUGGGGCACCACCGGCCCGUCCGCAAUUUGCUGGUGUACCUGCGUCUCGACGGCCUCUCAGGCCUAUGCACACUCGCCGGUCUCCUCGCCCCGAACACCCACACCCACAACCACACCAACAACAACAACCACCCGCGCAUCCACCCGGACAAACGCACGCCCACCGAUCCCGACACCAAGCACGCGGACGAAUCCGCCCCCGCGGAGACGGAGAUCACCGAGCUCGACAACCCGACCCCGCAGAGCCUGCAGGUGCACGGCGUGCGCCUGCUGGAGCUGACGGACCGCGACUCGAGCGUGAUGAAGGUCUCGGAGAUCGAGCAGUACACGCUCUCGGACCCGGUGGUCAACACCUUCCGGGCGUUCGGGCAGUGGCACGACCUGUCGAUCGUGGCGGGCGUCUCCGUCGUGCCGGAGCACUCGUUCGCCGACACGGUCGUCGGCAUGGCGCGCGAGGAGGCCGCCGAUCUCGUCCUGCUGCCCUGGAGCGAGACCGGCGCCAUGGGCGAGCAGUACCACCUGCACUCCCCCGUCGAGGAAGGCGUCCGCUUCCUGGACGGCCAGCCCUACGCCGCCUUCGUCGGCAGUGUCUUGGACGGGUCCCAGACCGCCAGUGCCAAUGUGGGUGUCUUGGUGGAGCGUAAUCUUGGGGGCGGAGCCAGUGGGGUGAGGCAUCGCCCGUCGUUGGGGGCGAUGAGUGUGCAGCGCAGCUCGUCGGUGUGGAAUGCCCGACGCGGCGGCGGUGGGGCCGCCAAGGCGCAUCAUAUCGUCGUGCCAUUUGUCGGGGGCAGGGAUGAUCGUCUCGCGGUCAGGUUCGUGUGUCAGGUCGCCAGCUGUGAUUUGGUGACCGUGUCGGUCGUGCAUUUGGAUAUUCCGGGGGCCAGCAGUGUUGGUGUUAGUGCCAGUGGGAGUGGGGUCGUGCCGGAGGAGUUGGUCGAGUCGGAUGCCACGUUCUUGUCGGUGAUGAAGGAUUCCUUGGACGAGGAGGUGCUGGAUCGCGUGGUGUUCAAGAAGACCGCGGUCAAGACGGAGGCAGAGGCCGUCGCGACGAUGGUCGAGCUGGUCAAGGACGAGAUGGUCCGCUCGCAUCACAAGGCUGGCAAUCUCGUCGUUGUGGGCCGACGGCAUUCGGCUCUGGAUGAGCUACUUGCCAAUGUCGGCGCCGAGGCCGCGCGCGUGCUGGGUGUCCUGGGCCAGGCCUUGGUGAAGAAGGAGAACCGCAUCGUCGGCGAUGUGCUGGUCAUGCAGAGUAAAUAA